AUGUCAACUGAAUCAUAUUUUCAAGAUGAAUCUGAAGAACGUGAGUCAUUAUUCCAGUGCCAUGGUAAAUUUUACUCGGAUGAUUUGUACCUGAACCAAGAUGAAUUGUACCAAAAUGAAUCCCAAGAUGAAUUAAAUCCUGAUGAAUCUUAUCAAGAUGAAUCGUGUCAAGAUAAACCACAACAAGAUGAAUCCUGUCCAAUCGAAUCAUCAUCCCAAGCAGGACCAACUGGUGAUGAAACCUCUUCAAAUAAUGGAUCCAUAGUAUGGAAAUAUUUUAAAAAAAUGAAAGGCAGUGCUACAUGUGAUAUUUGUAAAAAGCCGCUGGUCUAUAAUGAUGGUACAACAUCAAAUCUUCUAAGACAUCUCAGAAGGCAUAAGCCAACAAAAAUUUAUUGGCAUGAUAAAAGAUGGAUCGUAAAACAUAAUCGAUCGUUUCAAAUUGUUGAAGAUGAUGAACUUAGGUCUAUAUUUACUUACUUAGAACCUACUACAGUUGGUAAAAUAGCAUUAGAUAGUGAAGUUUCUGGACAUAUCGCAAUAACAACUGAUAUUUGGACCACUUCUACUAAUGAAAAGUCAUUCAUGGCUAUUACGAUUCAUUAUCUAAAUCAAGCAUGGAAAAUAAAACAUAUUCUGCUUGAUUUUAUUUUUAUGAAGGAUUUACAUACAGAUGUUGAAAUUGCGAAGGCUAUAGAAAACUGUCUUCAAAAAAAUGGAAUACUAUCGAAAUUAAUGUCAAUAACAUCGAUCACAUUUAUGUCAUCAUCAGAAUAUCCAAUACUGCCAUUGGUCAUUUCCCUCUAUUAUUCAUUGCUUAAAUCACUUGAAGAAGCUAGACAAAAAGGUCAUAUACCAGAAUGGCUUAAGAAAGGGUGUGAAGCUGCAUCUAAUAAACUUCUAGAAUAUUGCCAAAGGACAAGUGUUUUGCAUAUUGCAUCAGUUAUACUAGAUCUAUGGCUUAAAUUUCAAUACUUUGAAGGACUUGGAUGGUCAUCUCAACUUAUCAAACAGAUUACAAAUAUUAUUAAAGAUAAAUAUGAAGAUCAAUAUGCACCUCUUUUCAAUCAGGGAACAGAAAGUACAACUGUAGAACCAUCUCAAAUGAAUAAAAGCAGUUAUCUGAAUCUUGCUAAAUUUGCUAGAAAUUGUCUUUCAAUACCUGCUACAAGCGUUCUAAGCGAACAAACAUUCAGCAUUAGUGGUGAUAUGUUAACUAAUAAACGAAAUCGAUUGGAUAAAAAAACCGUACGAGCAGCAAUGUGCUUGAGAUUAUGGUUGAGAGAGCUAGAAGAUUAA